AUGGGUAAGCUGGCUAAAUUCUCAAAGCCACUCAUCUUCCAAUCCAAGCUCCUCUGUUUCUCCCUCAUCUACCUCUCUUCUUCUCUCUCCUUGGCCGUCUAUUUCACCUUCUCCGCCACAAAAUGCAUUUUCCGGUGGUCCCCUUUUGAUCCAGUCCAGGCCCCACUUUUCUUAUAUCCAUCCUCUUAUGGAGAACACAAACACGCCAUCCCAACAACUCGUGCCUCGUGCAAUUCCCCUGUUUCUUUCUCGGGUAACAAAGAUAAACACGUGGUUUUUGAUGAACUCAAGACAACAAUUGGCAACUCGACAAGAAAAUCGACUCUGAGGUAUAUAAAACAGGGGAAUUAUGGGACGUUUGGAGGGAAGCUUAGUUUUCCCGAGCGAAUAUCAUAUUUCGAUCAUCGCGAAGAUGGAAUUGAAAUCCCAUGUGGGUUCUUGAAGCGCUUUCCCAUCGGUGAUUCGGUGGUGGCAUCCGCCAUAUUCAACGAUCAUGACAAAAUCCGACAGCCGAGAGGACUCGGGUCGAAAACCCUAGACAAUGCAUGCUUCUUCAUGUUUGUAGACGACGCCACUCUAAACCAACUUCACUACCACAAAAUGAUCUCGAAAACAUCAAAGGAAUUCAAAAUCGGCGCGUGGAGAAUAGUUAAUGUCUCGUCCGAUCAAUUGUACGAAAAUCCCGCCAUGAAUGGAAUCGUACCUAAAUACCUAAUCCACCGGAUUUUUCCGAAUUCGAAGUAUAGCGUGUGGGUCGAUGCCAAGAUGCAAUUGGUGAUCGACCCAUUUUUGUUGAUUCAUUCGCUUGUUGUGAAGGAGAAUGUGGACAUGGCUAUCUCGAGACAUCCUUAUUUUUUGCACACGAUGGAGGAGGCAAUGGCGACCACCCGGUGGAAAAAAUGGUGGGAUGUGAACGGGUUAAAGGUCCAAAUUGAGACUUAUUGCGAAAACGGGUUGAAUCCGUGGAGCUCGAACAAGCCUUACCCGACAGCAUUCAAUCCAAGAGAUCAACUUCCAUUUGCAUUCGUGAGGGACAAAAUGAGCCCAAACCUUAAACUCAACAUGUUUGAGGUUGAAGUUUUUGAACAGGUGGCAUUAGAAUACAGGCACAACAUCAAAAUGGGCCGGGCCAGAGCAGGGCCCAAAACCAAGAUGGCCAGCCCAGAUUUAUUUGCCAACAGAAGUUGUGGCAAGUGUGAGGGCUACCUUUUGCAUAUGCAAACGCUCGUAAUCUACCAAAUUUUGAAGGCCCCACGAAGAUUGACGAGGAAAUCGGCUUCAAUUGUUUUGUCUUUGCCGGAUUUCUCUUGGCCACUGGUCGAGAAGUCCUGCCGAGUUCCUUCAUCGUCGACCGCAGCGACUCAUCUUCCGCCGCCGCCUGGUCAAUUUUCGCGGCGACCGUCUUUCCAUGGUGAUGAAGAAUCUCUGCCGGCGACGUACACUCCGGCUUUUCCACCGUUCACAGAACACCGACUGAUAGCGUCCGACGAGCCUGACGGUCCUCCUCUCUAUUAUAGUGAUUAG